GGGGCCAUGCACCCGGAAGAGCGGCCCGCGGAGCCAAGGCGACAGGCGGCGGCUGGGGGCCCGACAUGGACAAGCUGAAGAAGGUGCUGAGCGGCCAGGACACCGAGGACCGCAGCGGUCUGUCCGAGGUUGUGGAGGCGUCGUCCUUAAGCUGGGGCACCAGGAUAAAAGGCUUCAUCGCAUGUUUUGCCAUAGGAAUCCUCUGCUCACUGCUGGGUACUUUCCUGCUGUGGGUGCCCAGGAAAGGACUGACCCUCUUUGCGGUGUUUUACACCUUGGGGAACAUGGCAUCAAUUGGGAGUACCAUCUUCCUCAUGGGGCCAGUGAAGCAGCUGAAGCGCAUGUUUGAGCCUACGCGUCUCAUCGCCACCAUCCUGGUGCUGCUGUGUUUUGCACUAACCCUGUGCUCCGCCUUUUGGUGGCAUAAAAAGGGGCUCGCGCUCAUCUUCUGCAUUUUGCAGUCCUUGGCCUUGACCUGGUAUAGCCUUUCCUUCAUACCAUAUGCAAGGGAUGCUGUGAAGAAGUGCUUUGCUGUGUGUCUUGCGUAGGACACUGCCAGUCUGCAGAGAGCACCGUGGACCGAAGCUGGUGGACAGUUUUGUAAAUACCCUCUGAACUCUCUCUCACAGACAUGUGCCUUUAACUGGCAGCAAUGCGUUGCUUGCAAAUUUGGACAUUUUUGAGGGUUGCCGUGGGAGCAGUCAUGAAUCCUAAACCCUAAUGGCUGUAGCACAAUGUGGGGUUCUGUGGCUAGUGUGGGGCACUCUUCCUCAUGACCGUUUUCCUCUCUGGAUGGUUUCACUCUGUUUAAUCAUAGCAGCAGAUAAGCCCCAGGAGCCACCGAUUCCCAGGCCACAGCAGGAAGGUCUACAGAGCUUAUGGGAAUGCAACAGGACAUGCAGAAUUUUGAAGAUUUGCCCCUCACCAAGGAAACCGUUGUCACUGCUUCACAGAGCAUCUUCCCUGGUGUUUGAGAACAAGUGAUUCUGCCCUUCCUACGCCCCUGGAGAUCCCGCCCUGGAUACAUUGUUUCCCUCCUAUGGAUGCGCCAUCUUGCUGUUCUCAAUCACAGCUGGCUAUGGAAUGUGGUUUCUGGUGUUCAGUGUGGAUUCUUUCUCUUGCCCUCACCCUCCCAUGUCUCUUGUCUUGUGACCUUGGGCCACUGCUUGAUUGAGAGUGAGGUAGUGACCUAAAGUACUCUUUGCUUCUGGACAAGAGCCACCAGAAAGUGAAAAACCUUCAUGUUCCCUACUCUGUUUAUUUUUCUUCAUUAUUUAUAAACAUUUACUUUUAUUGAUUUUA